UGUGCCGGUUAGUCGUGGAACAGGGACACGGGAAGCAUAGCGGCCAUACCAACGGCAGGAGGAGCUGUGAGGACUGUUGCCCUUCAUCACAUUUCAGUACAACCUGUGCAAAACUGUGAGAAGACCACUCUGACUGGAAUAAAUAUUUGCCACCUGAGAAAAUGUCGCAGUCAGACAGCAAGAAGAGAUUUUUUGAGAACCUGUCUGGAGCAGGAAAAGCCAUCGCGGUGCUCACGAGCGGAGGAGAUGCUCAAGGAAUGAAUGCUGCUGUACGCGCUGUGGUUCGAAUGGGGCUGUACGUGGGCGCAAAAGUUUAUUUUAUUCAUGAGGGGUAUCAGGGUAUGGUAGAUGGAGAGGACAACAUAAUAGAAGCCACAUGGGAAAGUGUCUCCAGCAUGCUACAAGUGGGCGGGACUGUUAUCGGCAGCGCCCGCUGCAAAGACUUCCGCAGCCACGAGGGCCGACUGAAGGCAGCUCACAACCUGGUGCAGCACGGCAUCACCAACCUGUGUGUGAUCGGUGGAGACGGCAGUCUGACGGGAGCCAACCUCUUCAGGGAAGAAUGGAGCGGUCUGCUCGCAGAGCUGGUGGAGCAAGGACUGAUCGAAGCCGAUGCCGUGCAGAAGUACUCUGCCCUGCACAUCGUGGGGAUGGUCGGCUCCAUUGAUAACGACUUCUGUGGAACUGACAUGACGAUCGGCACCGACUCUGCUCUGCACAGAAUCAUCGAGGUGGUUGAUGCAAUUAUGACGACUGCACAGAGCCACCAGAGGACGUUUGUGUUGGAGGUCAUGGGCAGACACUGCGGCUACCUGGCGUUGGUGAGCGCUCUGGCUUGUGGUGCAGACUGGGUGCUAAUACCUGAAAUGCCUCCAGAAGAUGGCUGGGAGGAGAAGAUGUGUGAGAAACUAUCUGCGAACCGCGCAGGGAUGAAAAGACUGAAUAUCAUAAUUGUCGCCGAAGGGGCGAUUGAUCGUAACAACAAACCCAUUACAACUGACUAUGUUAAGAAUCUUGUUGUCAAAAACUUGGGUUUCGACACACGAGUCACCAUCUUGGGGCAUGUGCAGAGAGGAGGGACGCCGUCUGCUUUUGACCGCAUCUUGGCCAGUCGCAUGGGAGUGGAGGCCAUUCUCGCCCUCCUGGAGACCACUGCCAACACGCCGGCCUGCGUGGUCUCUCUGUGCGGGAACCAGUCGGUGCGCGUGCCUCUGAUGGAGUGUGUACAGACGACUCAAGAGGUCCAGAAGGCCAUGGACCAGAAACGGUUCGAGGAGGCCGUUAAGCUUCGGGGCAGGAGCUUUGAAAACAACCUGAGGACAUAUAAACUGCUGGCUCACCGUAAACCAGAAUCUGAACUGCCAGUUAGCAACUUCAAUGUGGCGGUGCUGAAUGUUGGCGCCCCCGCAGCAGGCAUGAACGCCGCCGUCCGUUCAGCCGUCAGGGUGGGGAUUUCUGAGGGCCACAAGAUGUUUGCCGUCAACGACGGAUUUGAAGGAUUUUACAAAGGACAGAUUAAGGAGAUCAAAUGGGGUGAUGUUGGUGGCUGGACCGGACAGGGUGGCUCCCUUUUGGGAACUAAAAGAACGCUUCCUGCAAAGCAUGUUGACAAAAUUGCUGAGCAGAUGCGAAAGCACAAUAUAAAUGCUCUGCUAGUAAUUGGUGGAUUUGAGGCCUUCCUGUCGCUGCUGGAAUUGUCAGCGGCCCGUGGGAAUUAUGACGAGUUCUGUGUGCCCAUGGUCAUGGUCCCGGCCACGGUCUCCAACAAUGUGCCUGGCUCAGACCUCAGCAUUGGCGCUGACACGGCUCUGAACGCCAUCACUACUACUUGUGACCGCAUCAAGCAGUCAGCCAGCGGGACCAAGAGGCGCGUGUUCAUCAUCGAGACUAUGGGGGGCUACUGUGGCUACCUGGCCACCGUGGGGGGGCUGGCCGCGGGGGCCGACGCAGCUUAUAUCUACGAGGAGCCGUUCGACAUCAGAGACCUGCAGGCUAAUGUUGAACAUCUGACAGAGAAAAUGAAGACCAGCAUUCAAAGAGGACUGGUGCUCAGGAAUGAGAACUCCAACGUGAACUACACGACAGACUUCAUUUAUCAGCUGUAUACAGAAGAAGGCAGAGGAGUGUUCGACUGCAGGAAGAACGUGCUGGGACACAUGCAGCAGGGAGGAGCGCCGUCGCCGUUUGAUCGUAACUUCGGGACCAAGAUCUCAGCCAAGGCCAUGCAGUGGCUUUCCCAAAAGCUCGUGGAGACGUACAGGAAAGAUGAAGGUCGGGUGUUUGCCAACACUGAGGACUCCUGCUGUUUGCUGGGGAUGCACGCCAGGGCUCUGGUCUUCCAGCCUGUUGUGCAGCUCAAAGAUGAGACUGAUUUUGUUCACAGGAUCCCCAAAGAGCAGUGGUGGCUGAAGCUGCGUCCUCUGAUGAAGAUCUUGGCCAAGUACAAGACGAGCUACGACGUGUCUGACUCGGGACAGGUCGAGCACGUCAUACACAGCCGACCAAAAGAGUCAGAUGCUUCAGUCGCCAUGUGAAGGACCUGGCUGUGCGGUGUCCCAUAUAGUCCUGCCUGUGUGUGAGACUAGCAAGUUUGAGCUGUUACUCCAGAUGUUGUAAUGGAGGCCCUGUGAAACGCCCACUUUGUUUGUCCCACAUGUUGUGUUCAUUUCCUGUUUCUGCCAUUUUCCUCCAGUUUCACUCGUUACCAUUAUACCUUCAGAUCAUGACUGAUGAAUUUUGACCUAGGCCCUGCAGUGCUCCCGACGUUACAUACGCAGAAGUCUUGCCAUGCAUAUGCGUGUUCUCGUUGCCCUGGUUGUUUAGUGUUGUUGUUUUUAAAUUGCACUUUCUCUGUCUCCAGUUGCAUAGACGGGUUCUGAUUGCAGAGCUGCACGAGGACAGAAUAGACUCUUUAUCUGCAGUAAAAACCAGAGCAUGUGUCUGCCUAGCACAAGCGUGGGGUGCAGCAUAUUUAUGAGACUGAUGCAACACUGUUCUAAUGCUGCAAGUCAACUGUGUAUAUUGUUUAUUUUGCUUGUAAACAGUUAUAUUAUAAUUGUACUGUAGGCAAUGCUGUAAUGAGUAGUUGUCUGUCAUUGAUCCAACAGGCUAGAUGUGUACGAGAGCUAGGUUUACCACAGAAUAAAAUCAGACCUGACAAGUGUAA